AUGGCAGCUUAUGAUACUCUGACCAUUUCAUCAUCAACCUCGUCUCACAACAUUCUACGAUUAACAGCUCCGGACUCAAGGAGUAAUCAAUUCAAUAUGGAUACCUUUGAACAUGAUUUGAAUUUCGAGGCGGAUGGGUUGCUGGACGAUGUAAACACAGGAAUACCCUCAUUACCAUUCACACCCUCGUACGAGUUAUCUGACGCCUUUUCCACCACCUUCGAAGAUCCCUUUUCCUAUCACGCCGGACCUUUCGAAUCACUUCUUGAUGACCCAAACCUAGAAAAUAAUGGCGAUACCAAUUCUAGCGAUCCCGAUAAUAAAUUACUAGGCUUUGGCGCACCAAUAAUGAAAGUGCCAACUUUGGAUGAUAAUGGACAGACCUGGCCAGCCAUGACUGCAGAAUUAUACGGAAUGUUCUUUGUGGCCGAAGAUGUAUUUGGUGGUGAAACUGCGAGGAGACCCAUGGAAUUGACUUGUUAUCGGCGGAACCUAUUUCAAAUCUCUGGAAACAUUAUCUUAUCGAGAUCCAUUACGAGAAUAAUAAAUGACCAAGGCCAACAUGUUCCAAUAUAUAAUUUGAUUGCGACGAUAUCUGCUCUAGAAAGCAUUGAGGGAAAGAGCACGGAAAUUAUCAGUGUACCAUGGAAGACGGCGAAUGCGACGACUUCUGAAGAUAGAGCUGGCGCUGCACCACCUCAAUGGCCCUUGGACUUGAGCAUCAAUCCGGAGCUGGAUCCUACAUGUGUAUCUAUUCCUAUAGCGUGGAAGCGAUUGCAAUUCAAACAUGCGACGGCAAAUAAUGGAAGAAGGAAAGGAUUACAGCAGCAUUAUGUUAUACAAAUUAAUUUGAUGGCUACAUUAGCCACCGGGGAAAAGAUAAAGUUGGCUGAGAUUCAAUCCGGGGCAAUUAUUGUGAGAGGAAGGAGUCCUAGAAAUUUUGAUAGCAGGAAAGACGUCCCUGUUAGUGAUAAAAAGGGAGAACCAAAACCUAGGACUAUGAGCAACGAAGUUGGAACGACGGUAAAAGUUGAUCCAGCAACCUCUCAGUCUUCCUAUCGCUUUUACGCUCCGAAUGCUGUCCAACAACCACUAGACUUAAUACCUGAUUGGCCUAUCAGUCUCGCAUCUUCAUCUCUAACACCUGAGCAGCCACCAACUCCUUCACAACGUACAAAGAGGAAUUCAUCUCAUAAUCGUCCUCCCAUCCCCAAAGCUCGUUGGAAAGCAGAUUCUUCGACUGCUAGACCUACGACCCAAAACUCUGCAGCCCCAAUAGAUCUGUCUCUAGCUGAUGAUGACGCGGGAUAUAUGAACCCCCAAGUUUCGUCUAGGAAUUCAUCGGGUCUUUCGGAUAGAGAUAGGGAUAGAGGAAUAGGUCAGAGAGGUAAUGCCGAGAAAGAGGGCGGAGUGAAUGCGAAGACGAGUUCAUCGAAGAAAGCGAUCAGUGUGGGUAGUCCAGAAGAUAAUGAGGAGGCACUUUAUGAGUAUUUUCCAUUGAGUCUGGAUGAUUGUAGAUGCGAUUUACAGGCCUCACGUUGUACAUCAUACGGUUGUGCCAGAAGAUUUAAAAGCGCAACAGGGAAAGGCCAAGACCAAGAGAUACUUCUCAGCAGACGAUUGAUUCUUCUGAACUUUGGGGAAAUACAGGGCGAUGGAAGUGGGAGGCAAUCUCCACGAACUACCAAGGAAAUUGAUCUAAUCGAAUUAGUGUUGAAAUGGUUGAGAGAUUGGCAAACGAGGAAGCCAAAGAUGAUUGAAGCAAGAGAAGCAAUGCAAAUGUCAUGCUCCGAAAAUGCGCUCAUCAUUAAGGCCGUGGAGAUUCUGAUGGAUCGAUACACUGUAGAAAGGCAAAAGUUGGCUCAAGCUUUCAAAGCCAGAGUGUAA